AUGGAGCAACUGAUCCGAGCCACGCCAGCAGAGCACGGCACACGGAUCGGUGCUCUCGCGCGGGUGGGGAGGGCGGAGGAGAGCGAGGCAGGGGCGAGCGAGGUGUGCGCGCAGGCGAGGGGCGAGGUGACGAGCAGCGCGCAGGCACGUGGCGCAGAUGCGGGCGCGCAGGGGAGGGCGAGAAUGGCAUGCGGUGGCACGUGCGGGCAAGUGCAGACAGGGGAGGAGCAUGAAGGGAAGGAGAAAAGAGGUGAGGGAGAAGAAGAUGAGAGGGCAGAAGAUGAGGUGAAAGAAGUGGAAUGUGAGGGAGGGGAUGGCAAGGUUACGAGAAGGGGGGACGAUGGGAUGGGUGGAGGCAACAGCGGGGAGGCAGGUAUGGAUGGGGAAGAGGGUGGGCAGGAGGGUGGGAAGGAGGUUGAGAAUGAGGGUGGGAAGGAGGAAGGGAAGGAGGGUGGGAAGGAUGAUGGGAAGGAGGGUGAGAAGGAGGAUGGGAAAGAGGGGGAGGAGGGUGGGAAGGAGGGGGAGGAGCAAGGGAGGAGCAGUGGGGUGGAGAGAGAGGAGUCAAAGGAGGGUGUGAUGGACGCAGGUGCAGGCAAGGGCGCAGGUGCGAGUGGCAUGGGUGAAGAGGGGGGAGCGAGCGAGGACCAUGCAGUGGAUGGUGCGUGUGCGACACGAGGGGAGGCUACGGGUAGAGGAGAGGGCACGGGGGAUGGGGGAGGAAAGGGCGGAGAGGGGAGGGCAGUGAGGAGAGAGGAGGCGGUUGCGGGCGAAGGGGAGGGCGAGGGCAUGGUGGGUGGGGAGCGAGUGGUGGGGCCGAGUGGUGGCGUGCAUGGGAAGAGCAGCAGUGCGGCACAGACACGGUUGGAAAGGGGGAAGGGGAUGGAGAAAGGGGCAGAGGAUGAUUUGGCUGUGGUGGCAGGGAGCGGGGGAGCAAGAGAGGGCGAAGAGGCAGAGCGGGGCGCGGAGGAGGGAGUGGGCAGGCAGGCGGUGGGGCAGGGCGAGGCAGUGAAGGGUGCAGUGGAUGGAGGGGCGGUGAACGCAGGGGCUCAAGUGGGGGUGAAGCAGGAGGGGAGAGAGGGGGUGAAGGAGGGGGACGACGAGGCGCUCACAUCCCCCCCGCUCCCGUCGCCGCACAGCAGGCAGCGUGGGCGACCACGGUACCGCCCCGUGGUGGUGGGCGAGGCGGCGCUGGCCAUCCCUGGGGGCGCGCCGUACUGCGUGCGGCGGCCCAUGGCGCGCGGGCACCUGAACGCCAGCCACAGCUACCCGCUGCUGCACGUGCUGGACGACCUCUGCGCCAUCUGGGACGCCGCCCUCGCCCGCCUCUGCCCUCUCCCCCAUCCUCAUGCUGCCACUGCUGCUGCCCCUCAGGAUCGCGCGGGCAGGGACGGGCAGCAGCGGGAGUGGGAUGGCGAGGAGGGGGUGGAGCGGCGGCGGCAGCGGCAGCAGUGGCAGCAGCAGGUGUCGGCGGUGGUGGUGGUGCCAGAGAGCAUGGAUGGGCGCGAGGUGAAGGAGCUGGUGGGCGUGGCGCUGAGGCACCUGCGCCUGGCGUCCCUGGUGGUGCACCAGCAGGCCGUGGCCGCCGCCUUUGGCAGCGCCGCGCCGUCCGCAUGUGUGGUGGACGUGGGCGCGCACACGGUGAGCGUGGCGUGCGUGGAGGAGGGCAGCGUGCGCGCGGCGUCUCGCGUGGUGGUGCCAGUGGGGUCGGAGGACGCGGGGCUGUGCCUGCUGUGGGCCGCCAACGACAUGCUGGGCGGCCGCCGCCCCCGCACUCCCACGCCCGUGGAUGGGGCGGGCGGGGGAGGCAGGAGUGGAGGCGAGAAGCGCAAGGGUCGAGAUUUGGAGAGCGUGGACUCGAAGGAGAGCGAUGAGGGGGAGCGGCAGGAGGAGGUGGGCGAGAGGGAGAGUGGCGAGGGCAUCAGGCGGUCGUUGCGGGUGGCGAAGAGAGUGCGGGGCGAGGGGAGUGGAGGGGGGGAGGGGGGGGGCAGCAGAGAGAAGGGUGCGCAGGAAAGUAGAGGCGCAGGUGGUGGUGGCGCUGUGGACGAGGGCGCAGACAGGGUUGAGUUGUGGGAGGAGGGGGAGUGGCUGUGGCCGUACCCAGGCUUUGACCCAUGGGCGGAUGCACAGGAGUGGGUGCAGCUGCAGGCGGUGAAGGAGGCGCACUGCUCGCUGCAGGUGGAGGAGCAGGGCGGCGAGGAUGCAUUCGACGGCCAGGCAAGCGCCUUGAGGUGCUGCCGGGUGCACUUCACUCAGCGCUCACCUGCCUCGCCACUGGCAGUGCGCCAUGCUGUGCCCCUGCCACGAGCAGCCAUGCGGGCAGCAGCAGAGAUGCUCUUCCGCCCCGCCCUCAUGCUCUCGCCGCUCUCUCACGUGCACUCGCCCAUCACCCCGUGGCCGUGGCCGCCGGCCCACCUGCGUGUGGACCACCAGGGCGCCCUGGACGACCCCUCGCUGCCCGACUCCGCGCUGCGCCGCCUCGACGCCCUCGCCCUGCCCGACCCCGACCGUGCGCCACCCACCGCCUCUGCUGCUCCCACAGGGGGGCGGCGUGUGCCGCUGCUGCUGGGGGUGGACGCGGCCAUCGCGGCGAGCGUGGCAGCAGUGCCGGACAGGGAGGGGCGGGAGAAGCUGCUGACCAACAUCGUGCUCACCGGGGGUGGCGCCGCUCUGCCCGGGCUGAGGAGGCGCAUCGAGCAGGCCGUGCCUCGCGCUCUCACCGCCCGCUUACAGGCCAUCGCCCACCAGGCUCAAGCUGCUGCUGCUGCCGCCACCGCCACUGCUGCCACUGCAGCUGCUGCUGUUCCACCAGGUUCGGGACACAAUCCUGCCGCAGCUGCUGCAGCCGCGGCAGCAGCGGCAGCGGUAGCCACUGCAGCACAGGCUCAGGCUGCUGCUGCCGCUGCUGCGGGUGGUGGCGCGGGGGGCCAGGGGCGGGUGGAGGUGGAGGUGCUGGCGAGCAGGCAUCCUGCGGGCGCGACGGCGUGGCGGGGGGGUGCGGUGCUGGGCGUGCUGGACUGGAGCCGAGAGUCGUGGAUGACACGCGAGGAGUGGGUGGAGGGGUGCCGCGUGGGCGCUGGCAGAAGGUACCGCGAGUCCAUGUGCUUCCAGACACCUCUCGUGUGGUACUCCAACGUGGAGUAG